AUGGACAAUGCAACGGAAACUGAAAAAAAGAAUAGGGAAGAACAGUCGCAAGACGACUUAAUAAAAGAAUUGGAAGGAGAGAUGAUGAAUAGUUUUGAGAGGGAUCUUGUAAGAAGACACGAUCGGCAACAAAAAAUGAAUAGGUCAACUGUUGCAAAGCAGUCAACAUUAGUAGAGGAGGAAAUGAAAGAAUAUAGUGAAAACGAGGAAGAACAGAUAGGGGAGAAACAAUCACAGGAAGAAGAAGUAGACAACAUUAAAGAAGGAUGGCAGAGUAUCGAAGAAAGUGUGCUGGCGACAAUCUUCCUGGACGAAUAUCAGGAUGGGGAGAUCAUAAACAACAAAAAAAGGAAAGCUGAAAGCAUGGAGAGGAUAAAUAACCUCAAGAGGGAAAGGCUGGAGGAGAGCAUACGGUUUCCAAAUGAAUCCAAACAAGAAAAAAUAAAUAGGAAAUUGGAAGAAUUAAAUACAAAACUCGAAGAAAUGUUCAAUGAAUUAAGCGAGCAGCUUAAAGAAAAGGUGGAGAUGGACACCGAUGUAAAAAAAUUGAUAGGGAUUAUAAAAUCCACCAACAAUAAAAAGGAGGAGGAUAGUACAAACGAAAAAACACCAAACGAAUUAAAAUGUGACCACUGUAAAUUAAAAGUGGAGCAAGAGAGGCAGAAACAAGAACAAGAAAAAAUCAAAAGGGCCUUAAAUAUGGGGAGAGGGAAAAAAACUUUUAUGAGCAUAUGCGACACUAAAUGGGAAGAGAAACUAUAUGAACAGACAAAGUGGGAACAAGCGGGUCUACUGGUAGAAAAAAAGAACUGUUUAGUUUUUACAAAAAAGGACGCGAAAGAUAAAGGCGUAGAAAACACAAUUAAAGACGUAGGGGAGGACCUAGCGGAGAUGCUAGAAGAAAUAGAAGAGGGAGAAAUAAAUUACCUGGAGAACAUCAGAAGAAAAGCAAAUAAAAAAACAACAUGGUAUACUUUCGUUGCCAGAUUAGAAAAAGAACAGGGGGGAGACGCAUACGAUAUGGCAGUAAAGGCGAUAAAGGAAAUAAGGAAGGAAACAAACGAAAUCCCAGAGGUCAUGAGGGUCGUAGUCGCAAACGACCUGAAUAAAGAGACUAUAAGGAAAGCCCUCGAAUAUGUAGGACAUGGAGAAACUAUAUCCUGGGAGAUUUUAGUAAGAGGCAAGGAAUUCGGUGUAGAGAGAAAAGUGGAACAAGAGGAAGCUCUCCUUAUAAAAAUGGACAAAGGAAAAAAAUACAACGAGGUAUUAAGUGAGAUGAAGAAUAAGAUAGAUAUAGGAAAGAUGGGGAUCCAAGUAGACAGGUUAAAAAGAACAAAUGGGGGGAUCUCCUAG